AUGUCUCAACCCAAUAGCUGCAAAAGAUUACAAGUGUUCAACACAGAUCUACCUCCUUGCUGUGUCCAAUAUUAUCCCAAUGAUACAUCCAUUGUGUUUAUAAGCUCAUACAAACUAGAAGAAAACGGGGAAAAGCAUGGAUCAAUUGACAUUUACCAACAUGAUAAUGGUGAAGGUGAUUUACACCUAUUGACCAGAAAGCUCACAACUGCAGUUUUGGACUUGAAAAUAAAAGAUUCUCUUGUGUCUUCAUGUCAUAGUGAUGGAAGUGUAAUACUAUGGAAGUUCAACAGUAAAGAAAUGGGGUUACUGAAAAUAAAGCAGUUUGGAGUGUUUGAAGACACAGUUACAUCCGUCAACUUUAAUCACAAGGGAGAUAUCAUAAUUGCUACUUGUACAAAUGGACAAACGUGUUCGAUAGAUUUGGAAAAGGGAGAUAUAAACUAUUUCGACACCACACAUGACCUUGAGUGCUGGAUCAGUGCUUUUGGAGAGUUGGGAGAAUUGUGUAAUGUGAUAUUCACUGGAGGUGAUGAUUCCAAGCUAAUUGCUCAUGAUAUAAGAACAAAUACUAAGAUAUGGGCGACCGGUACUCGACACCAUGAAGCGGGUGUGGUGUCUAUUCUUCCCGCAUCCAAGACUUGGAACUCGAUGAACCCAAACCAGUUGUGGACAGGAUCUUAUGACGAUAACUUGAGAAUCCUUGAUCUUCGAGUAAUGGAUAAAGAAAACCCAGCUUUAAUUGAAGGAUAUAUACCAGUGGUGCACCAGAAGGAGAAUCUAGGUGGAGGGGUAUGGAGGCUUAUCCCUUCACCGGCUCCAAAUGACAACAGAAUAUUGGCUUGCUGUAUGUACGAUGGAGCACGUAUAGUGGAUGUGAAGGAAGACCAAUUUGUGGUCACCAAGUAUUUCAAGGCAGACCAUGAAAGCAUGUGCUAUGGAGGGGAUUGGGGGAGCUCUGGAAUCACUACUUGCUCAUUCUACGAUAAAGUGGUUCAACGGUGGGAUCCCAAUUCAUAA